GUCCCCCCUUUCUCUUGCCUCCCUACUCGUGCAACAAGACUCUCCAUUCUCACUCUUUUUAUCCUACUCCAGCCCUUUCAAUCACCAUGCGGCGAAUGAACGACGACGACUUCCGGGAACUCGGAGUUGGCCUCGGGCCGCUGGGAUGGGGUAUCUACUAUACCUGGAACCUAUUCGCUGACAGCGAUGACCACCCUGAAUGGAGGACUGGGGUUGACAUGACGGGCUGGACGCUCGCCUGCAACGACGACGAUGAUCUCGUCUUCCUGAAGACCGAGGAUUACACCUAUGCCUACUUUUGCCACAACAGCGCCCCCGGCGGCGCCUACUUCAACCUUCACAACUUCUCUGUCAAGUCGCGCGAGUCGAACGCCAAGUUUAUGGUGAUGUACCCACGCAGUGGCCACGAAUGCGACCGGGACCAGAUGGUGGAGUGGGCGCGGCGCUGGAGCGGUUAUGAGGUGACGGGAGACGAGAAGGAAUAUUACAUGGAGUUGAUCCGGGCAGCGAAAGCCGGGGAAGGGCAGGAACAAUAGAGAUUGCUGCAGCAUAGGUCCCAACCUAAUCUAUUCGAGGGGAUGCGGAUCUCUACCGUUCCAUAUAGUUCUAGCAUAUUUCUAUGCAUAUAUGGAGUACUGUAACUCCGUGUGUACUCUUAGAUCUACCUAAACAUUUUUCAUCGUCUUAGGCUGUCCCCUACGCAUCCAGUACUAUGUACUGCACCACUACGUCUUCCUUCUCCACCGCUGCCUCCUCUGUCCCGAUUAUCGGAUAUAGACACAGCCGGCUGGAGCCGAGCACGCG